AUGUUGAGGGACUUCAAAUUCUUGCGGAGAAAUUCCGGUAAGAAUCAAAAUACGGAAGAAAUUGAGAAUGUACCUGUAGUUGAAAACCCUAGGCAUUCAUUGGGUUCUCAGACCAGCAUCGAGUCGUCGAGGCCUCCGUUAAGCACAAUUCAAGAACCGAUUCAGGGUUUUAAAUCUAGUGUAGGACAUGAUGUGGGUGGAAAAAGUACAAAAAUAGAUACAACACCCACUAAGUCAAAAGGAAGGUAUUCCGAUCCAGGAAUGCCAGUUUUCCGUACCCCGGAAAAGCAAGGAGUUUCAGGGAAGAAUCGAUUUGGGUGGGCUCAGAAGAAUGAAUCAAGCUCAAAUUCCAUGGAAUUUCGUGACGAUGGAAAGUUUGCGAAUGGGGGUUUUACUCCUCGAUCAACUAGGACUGUGGGGAGAGCUAAUUCAAGUUAUUCAGAGUGCAAUUCUACACAGAGCACACCAACUAAGAGUGUGUCCAAGCCUCCGAAUCCAGGAUUUUGUUUGACCAGUGGUUCUAGACCUCCUGUCAAUGGAGGUGCUCGUAUGGCCAACUUUGUUGCAUUGUCUAAAGGGGUCCCAAUUUUGGGUAAUUCGUCAACUGUAGUUAACACAGUUGAUGUGCCCCAUUUUGAACUCAAAGAAGAUCCAUCAUUCUGGAUGGAGCACAGCGUACAAGUUUUGAUACGCGUCCGCCCCCUAAAUAACACGGAGAGGAGUACCUAUGGUUACAAUAGGUGCUUGAAGCAGGAGAGUGCACAAUGCAUCACCUGGAUUGGGCAACCUGAAACUCGAUUUACAUAUGAUCAUGUAGCAUGUGAAACUGUAGAUCAGGAAACGCUUUUUAGGAUGGUUGGUCUGCCUAUGGUGGAGAAUUGCUUGUCUGGAUACAAUAGCUGUAUGUUUGCCUAUGGGCAGACGGGCAGCGGGAAGACUUUUACAAUGCUUGGUGAGAUUGAAGAGUUAGAAGUUAAGCCCAGUCCGAAUCGUGGAAUGACACCACGUAUAUUUGAGUUCUUGUUUGCAAGAAUCAGAGCGGAAGAGGAAAUCCGAAGGGACGAGAGAUUAAAAUACAAUUGCAAAUGUUCUUUCUUAGAAAUUUACAACGAACAAAUUACUGAUCUCCUUGAUCCUUCGUCCACAAAUUUGCUACUGCGAGAGGAUAUUAAGAAGGGUGUGUACGUUGAAAAUCUCUCAGAAUUUGAAGUCCAGACUGUUGGUGACAUUCUUAAGCUUCUAAGUCAGGGUUCUUCUAAUAGGAAAGUUGCUGCCACGAAUAUGAAUAGAGAGAGCAGCCGUUCCCACAGUGUAUUGACAUGUGUAAUUGAGAGUAGGUGGGAAAAAGAUUCCACCACUAAUUUACGAUUUGCAAGACUAAACCUUGUUGACCUUGCUGGUUCGGAAAGGCAGAAAACUUCUGGUGCUGAGGGUGAACGUCUAAAAGAAGCAGCAAGCAUCAACAGAUCAUUAUCUACGCUAGGUCAUGUGAUAAUGGUUCUCGUGGAUGUGGCACAAGGGAAGCCACGGCAUGUUCCCUAUAGAGAUUCAAGACUUACAUUCCUUCUUCAGGAUUCCUUGGGCGGUAACUCGAAAACAAUGAUAAUUGCCAAUGUCAGCCCUUCUAUCUGCUGUGCUGCUGAGACACUGAACACGUUGAAGUUUGCUCAGAGAGCAAAACUGAUUCAAAACAAUGCUGUAGUCAAUGAAGAUUCUGCAGGAGAUGUCACUGCACUACAUCAUCAAAUACGGCUUCUGAAGGAGGAGCUUUCUGCUCUCAAACACCAGAAUGUGUCCCGGUCUCUAUUGUUCGGUCCAAAACUCAUUGGAGACACCAGAGAAGAACAUGAAAAUAAUUGCAAUGAAAAGGCAAUAGAUGGGGAUCAGCUGAGAAAUUAUACUUUGCUUGGAAGUGAAUCAGGUGUUCUGAGAAUGUCUUCUAAGCAGCUGAAGUCAUUGGAGACGACGCUUGCUGGGGCUUUGAGGAGGGAACAGAUGGCAGAAACUUCUAUCAAACAACUUGAAGCUGAAAUCGAACAGUUGAACCGUUUGGUUCGUCAAAGAGAGGAGGAUACCAGGUGCACAAAGAUGAUGUUGAAGUUUCGGGAAGACAAAAUUCAACGCAUGGAGUCUCUUCUUGGUGGCUUAACGCCUGCAGAUGCUUACUUGCUGGAAGAGAACAAUGCACUCUCGGAAGAGAUUCUGCUGCUUCGUGCUAAAGUUGAUAAGAACCCAGAAGUGACUCGCUUUGCCCUGGAAAAUAUCAGGCUUUUAGAACAACUUAGGAGAUUUCAAGACUUCUAUGAAGAAGGGGAGAGAGAAAUGGUGUUGGCUGAAGUAGCUGAACUGCGGGAUCAGCUAGUUCUCUUUCUUGAUGGGAACUUGAAGCAGCAUAACCCUUUGAACAUGGAUAUGCCACCACCUCAGGAAACUAUAUCAAUCAGUAAGGAAAAUGAUUUGCUCUGCCUGGAGUUGAAGAAGACUCUCAAUGAGUUAGAGGAAUGCAGGAGCAAAUUAAACUCUUGCCUAGAGGACAAU